ACCUCCGAUAUUGCCCCCCCUCCCACCCAGAGUGAUUCGAAUCUAGGGGAGAAAAAAAAACCCAAUAUUGAUCUCUAGCCGUCGCCCAGUCUUAAAAUUGCAAGAUGAUGGGAUGUCACACAAAACCAGGAUGUGCCGCUACAUGUUGUAGGGGACGCAAAGAUGAAUCCGGGCCAGUUUCUUCGAAGUUCUGUAAGAAGCAUACCUGUGACCAUUUCUAUUUCCCAAUCCCAAUGAAGGCCCCGCGAUGCGAGUUCCAGAAGGACCCGAAAGAUUCAGUUUGCCCUCAUCACGUAAUAUGUACCGUACAAGGAUGCGAAUGCCCGAGGCUCCAAUACCGCGACCCAGACAAUCCGGUGUUCAGACGCUAUAAAUUUUGCUAUGACCACAAGUGUGCGCUGCGAGAAUGCCCAGAGAAACGCCGGCCUGACGGUAUAAACCAAAACCAGUUCAUGACCUACUGCGAUAACCAUAACUGUAUUGCAGAAGGAUGCCACAGCAUGGUACAGGCCGGGAGAAGUUGCUGCGAGAGACAUACUUGUGGGAGGCCAGGCUGUAUGGCUAUCACCGUCAAUCAGGGGAGGUUCUGCCGUACACACAACGUGUGCGAGUGGCCCGAUUGCCACCAGCCCAAGACUGAUCCGCACAACUUGUGCAGAAUCCACACCCAAUGCAGUACUGCUGGCUGUACAGUACUCAAGCAGAUCGGCUCGAUGCAUUGCGCCAACCAUACCUGUUUCUUGAGAGGCUGUAAUAAUUCGACCGGGGCCUUUCGCCUCUGCACCAGUCAUCGGUGCCAAUUUGCCAGCUGUAACGAGCAUCGAAGGACAGCGCCGGGGGCCUUACACUGCCCGUCUCACUCUUGUCGCAGCCGUGGCUGCAGGAACGGGGUCGAAGAGGAGACGCCCUACUGCGAGGCCCAUGCUUGCGAGGCUCCCGGUUGCCGACUAGAAGCUAAGCUGGAGUGGGAACACAAGUGCCUUGAUCAUUUCAAGAGGCGUUACGAGAGCGUAGGCGAAGCAAGGUUGAUUGACGAAGUGAGGGAACUAAGACAAGUGCUCGGAGAGCGUAUGGCGGUAAUCCAGGAUCAAGAGGAGUGUAUCCGCCGCCAGGACGCUAUGAUCCGCAGGUUUGGAUGCUGUAACUAAGGGUGGGAGCAGUAACUUGGACGUCGUCUUCUCCCUCACGUCUGGGCCGUGUCCGCAUCUCGAGGCGAACUGAGAGGAACGGAAUUAUAGAAAGAAGAAAACCUUCUACAAAAAAACAUAAGAAGGGGGUUUCUUUAGACAAGAAUGCUAGGAGACUUCAAUUUUUGCGGGGACCGAGGCGCGAAUGU